CCUGUCCUGUGGUCUGGGGCUGAAAUUUCCUGGAAACUACCAGUAUGGAUAUUUAGUAAUCAAAUCCCUUUGAACCCUUUUUGUUUUUCCUUUACAAAUCUUGACAAGGCACAUAUUUCUUCAUGAGCACCUUCCAGUUUUUUUCUUCAUAUCUGUCUCAUAAAUCUCAAGAACUUUCAUUAAUUUGCACUUUCCAGGGUUGUAACAUUUAUUCCAAGUAAUGAAGAAGGAUUCAUAAAGAUGGCAACCCGAAAAACCGAAAGGGGACAUGGAUAUCUCCACAUCUGGUUGGACGAUAGGGACUGCGCUGAAAUGCCGAAUGGAUCAUUGUUUGCAUUCGCAUUGCCUCAAGCAACAUGAUUUGCGAAAUUAUUGAACGAGAAUUCAUGGUUUUCUAAGUGAAAUGAUUAUCUCUAGGGGAUGUUUCAGUUCCCUUUUCGGUUAUGAAAAUGCCCAAUUUUCUCUUUGAUACAUUUAGAGGAUCUAUUGACUUAGUCAUCAGUAAAGAAGAGGAAACUGCUAGUGUGGAAGCCGCUCCCACUUCUUUAACAGUUGAAAUUUAAAACCCAAAAUAGAGAAGGAUUGGAUUAUAUAUUUUCUUGUGUCCACACAAGAAUCAUUCGUGAGCAGUAGACUAUAAUUUAUCUACUGGAUAAUUAAAAAUACCAGCAGUCUGAGUCUUAAAAAUUAAUCAUCUGUAAUAAACACCCUCGCACAAUGUAUGGCCGGCCCGUGUGAAUUUAAAAAUUCCGACAUGUGGUACCCACCUCUGUUGUGAGUAGUAGGUAAAAGAUUUGGUAAAAAAAUUCGGUACGUGUAGUAUUGUCCAUAUUAGAUAAAACUACAUAAAGCUUGUUUGGCACAGGGUUUUCCAAGGGAAAAAUGAUUUUUCUAGGAACUUUUAGUUAAAAGCAAGGAAGAGUUUUUAGACUGCGAGGUUGAAAAUAAUUUUGAGAAAAAAUAAUUAAAAAAAAAAGAAAUUCUUUCAUAAACAAGCUUUAAGAAGCAUCAUGAUAAGUGUAAUAAUAAUAAAUUGUGCAAGUGGAUGGAUAAUAAUGCUGUGAAACUACUAAGAAACUUCGCGAUUCAAUGCCGUGUACAAAUUGCAUAUUAUUAGUGGAAUGUACACAAAAGUUAUAAUAAUGUGAGGAAACUACCAAGAAACUUCAAAUAUUGAGAAAGUUAUGAGCCAACUGUAAAGUCAGGGCUGAAAUUUCCUGGAAACUACCAGCGUGGAAAUUUUGUACUUAACCCAUUUGAAAACUUUUUUGUUUUUCUUGUAUAUAUCUUGACAAGGCACAUAUUUCUUCAUGAGCACCUUCCUAAUUUUUUCUUCAUAUAUAUGUCUCAUAAAUCUCAUCAAUUUUCAUUAAUUUGCACUUUCCAGGUUAGUGACUCUCUUUCUGCCCAAAUUUAUUUUUUAGGUGCAUGACCUCCUAAUAGCCGAGUAAGUUGGUAUUCCUCUCUAACUUGCAGAAAUUCUAUUGUGUGCAAUUACAUUUACAAAAAAGUUUGUCCUUAUUUGAUUUGGGUGAUUUUUUAAGAUUAGCAUUAGUCUAUUCUUGAAAGUAAAUCAUAUUCCAUAAAUAAGAUACCUAUCUAUUGUGAUCAUAUGACAAGGGAAGAGUUCUUCUAUUGAUCGGCCCGAGUUGGACUUUCAUUGCUUCGAUUUGAAUUAUCCGGUGAAUGUCUUAUGUAUAUAUAAAAAAGAUGGUGAAUCAAACCUAUUUUUCGAUUCAAUAAAAGCUCAAAUAUGUGAAUAGGGUCUCAAAUAACGAGAGAUAUAUAUAAAACAGAUCCGAUUACACCUAUUCUUAAUCUUGAAUGUAAUGAAAUGACGUAGAGAUCACUAUGUAAACAUAUACAUUCUUUAGAUGUACAAAAAAUCGAUAGUGAUAGUUUCGUUUUAUUUUAGUAAGAAAAGAUCCAGAACAUUUCAGUAUUAAAAUCUUGCUUUAUGCUACGUCUUAGUGGCAAAAAACUUGUCUAUUAUCUUGUCUAAUGCUCUUUACCAUACAUGCAUCAAAGAUCCGAAGGAUUAUCUCCUUUAUUAUCAUAUUUGUCGAUACAUUUGAAUAAUCGUAAUCUUGAGUGCAGACUUUGGGUUAAAAAUAGGGAUGAACACUGAGUACAUGAUAAAGAUGUCCGAAACAAGAGAUCAUGUUGCUGUUCGAAUUGACAAUAUACUUCUCGACUUGCCUUCUACACCCUCAAAGCCUUCUAUCUUUAGAGUCAAUGAUGAUUUACGCAGAACGAAUGAGAAUCUUUAUGAUCCAAAAGUACUCGCAAUUGGUCCUCUUCACCAUGGUAAAGAUCAAGUAUGCAAGAUGGAGCAGCAAAAAUUCAGGUAUCUAAAGCUUCUUCUUCAACGAAAAAAUGAAUUCAGUGUUGACAAGUAUGUCAUGGCAAUAAGAUCAUUCGAAGAAAAAGCGCGCAAGUGUUAUGCCGAACAUAUCAACUUUGACCAAGAUGAGUUUGUGGAAAUGCUGAUUCUUGAUGGAUUCUUCAUCAUUGAGUUACUUCGUAAACAUGGAAUCGAAGAAUUCAGGGACAAAGACGACACUAUUUUUCAAUACGAACAGAUUCUCAGCCGGCUGCGUCAUGAUUUAUUUUUGGUUGAAAAUCAAAUUCCGUUGUUUAUUCUUGAUCAAUUGUUCAGCAUGACAAAAACCGGAAAUCCAGAUGAUAAUAUCGACUAUUUAAUCCAUCUUUUUAUUGAUGAUAUUUCCCCAUGGCCUGAUAUUUCAGAAGCAACUUUAAAAUUACCAAUCAAGAAUAUAGACCACCUUCUUGGCCUAGUACAUAAGAUUUGGUGUUCAUCAUUCGCCAAGAUGGUGUCAUUUGGACCUGAUAAAACUGAAGAACAUAAAGUUCUUGCUGUAAAUUCUACCAAUGAGCUGGAAGAGGCUGGAAUAAAGUUUGAAAAGGAUACGAAAAGUAAUGGUUUAGAUAUUAAAUUCAUCAACGGGGUUAUGAAAAUCCCAGGUUUGCAUAUUUCAGAUGAGUCUGAGACACUCUUCAGAAAUAUGAUAGCAUACGAGCACUGCUUUCCCGAUGAUCACGCAAAAUGUAUCACAGACUAUGCAUUCUUUAUGCAUUGUCUCAUUAAUUCCUCAAAGGAUGUGGAAGCAUUACGCCGUGUUGGAAUCAUUACAAAUUUUCUAGGUGAUGAUGGAAUGGUCUACCACAUGUUCAACCGAAUAGGCAGAUAUAUCCCGACGUCUUCUGAUUUCUGCUACCAACAAGUAUUUGAAAAAGUGAAUAGACAUUGUGGUCAACGCCGGAACAGAUGGAUGGCGAACUUAAGGCGUAACUACUUCAAUACUCCGUGGGCGUUUGUUUCUUUUUUUGCUGCUGUUAUGUUGCUCAUCUUUACAUUGACACAGACUGUAUUUUCUGUUCUAUCCUAUAAAAAGUGAAAUCAACAGUUUUUAAAGAUUU